AUGAUCCGUCCGACACGCGCCCGCGCCCUCCAAAUCCUCCGCGUCGUACAGACUCGCAGAGGCAUUGCAGGUAUACCACCACGACUUCCAGAACUCCCGCAUGGCAACCUUCCGGCGUCACAGUCUCCCAUUACGUCGAGCCUCGACUUCUUCAACUCAGUGACGCCGGGAGGGAAGCAGAUACCUACGUACCGAGUGCUGGACGGCGCAGGCCAGCCAAUUGAAGGUGCACAGGUCCCGGAGAUUGAGGAGGCGCUCGCUCGAAAGAUAUACGAGAACAUGGUGCAACUCCCCAUCCUUGACGACGUCCUGUACAACCUCCAGCGCCAAGGUCGCAUAGUCUUCUACGUGCGUGCUUCUUCGGCAUCCUACGGCGAGGAAGCCGCCAUUAUUGGCUCGGCGGCGGCGUUCGCACAUGACGACGAAGUACUCGCUCAAUAUCGCGAGUCUGGCGUGCUUCUCUUCCGUGGCUUCGGCCUUGACAACAUCAUGAACCAAUGCUUUGGCACGCACCUAGAUUCUUCCGGCAAGGGGAAGCAGAUGCCUGUCCACUACGGUUCCAAGGAGCUUCACUAUCACACUAUUUCGUCGCCCCUCGGAACGCAGAUUCCGCAGGCAGCGGGUGUCGGUUACGCGCUCAAGCGUGAUCCACAGCGACGAGGCAAGAACUGUGCAGUCGUUUAUUUUGGCGAAGGCGCCGCAUCGGAAGGCGACUUCCAUGCGGGCAUGCUACUAGCAUCCACAAUCCCGUCCCCGACGGUAUUCAUUGCACGCAAUAACGGCUUCGCGAUCUCGACGCCAUCGUCGGAGCAGUACUACGGGGACGGUAUCGCAGCGCGAGGCCCCGGAUACGGGAUCCACACCAUCCGCGUCGACGGCAACGACGUCCUGGCGGUGUACGCCGCCGUGAAGGAAGCGCGACGCCGGUGCAUCGACGAAGGCCGCGCUGUGCUCGUCGAGACGAUGACGUACCGAGUGGGGCACCACUCGACGUCGGACGAUUCGUUCGCGUACCGCGCGCGGAAGGAGGUCGAGGACAGGAAGCGGCUCGACAACCCUAUCGUGCGCUUCCGGCUCUUCCUCGAGGCACGGGGAUGGUGGUCGAAGGAGGAGGAGAUGGCGCUCGGAAAGCGGCUCAAGACUGAGGUCUUCGCUGCGUACAAGAAGGCGGAGGCGCUCCCGAAGCCCGCGGUGGGAGAAAUGUUUACGGAGGUGUAUGGGGGUCAGGAGCCGUGGCAUCUGAAAGAGCAGCGGGAGGAGUUGCAGCGGUUGGUGCACAAGUACGGGCGUACGUGGGAGCCAUGGCGGACGCAGCUGAAGAGGCACGAGGGUGAGGGGCGGGAGUGGACAGAGGGCGUGCGGUGA